AUGCUCUCACGUGUUGCUGCAGUGAAGGCACCCCGUACACACCACCGUCGCCGCGUGACCGGAUCCAGCGGAAGGAGGAGGGAAGGAGGAGAGAGUGAGCCGCAGAGGCCCAACAUGUCCCGGCGUGUGUUUACUUCCGCUGUGCUGCUUCUCCUCGUCGUGAUGAUGUGCUGCGGCACCUAUGGAGCUGCGGCCGCUGGAGGGAAUAAUGGGAAGAGUGAUUUGAGGAAUAUUUAUAAGCUGCAGGGAGUCGAUCUAUUUGUGCCGAAGCAGACGCAGGUUGUACCGAAAGGUGGAACGUCUCAAGAGACUCAGAGGCAUUCAUUUGUUUCACCCUCUCUCGUCAGUGCUGGUGGAGUAAUUGCUGCUUUUGCCGAAGGUCGCGUGUAUACCUUUAAUGCUGACAGAGGAAAAAAGGAAAGUUCUUCUGACAUUGUUGCGGAGUACAUUGACUCUUCGUGGGAUUGGUCUACUCUUGUUGGCAAGGUGAAUGAAAGUACAUGGAAGGCACACACCGUGCUUGGUACAAAGGAUGGAGCGGAUAAUCGUGUGGAUUUUUUUUACAGCCCCACAACCACCACGAAGGGCAAUAAGGUGUUUCUUCUUUCGGGAAGCGAUUAUGAGCACAAAGAAAUUGUUGGAAAUCGGACAUAUAGCGGAUACAAAACAAAACUUGAACUGGUUGUGGGUGAUGUGAGGGAGCCUACGAGCAGCAAGCCGACUGAACGUAUCAAAUGGGGCCAAAUCAGGUCUCCGUUGAACGAGAGUACUAUAGCUGCUCACAAAGGUAACUUGACAAGGCUUCUUGCUUCUGGUGGCUCAGGUGUUCUGAUGGAGGAUGGCAUGCUUGUGUUUCCUGUGAGGGCGAAGAGCGGAAAUGGUGGCUAUUACUCCAUGAUUAUUUACUCGAAGGACGACGGCAACAAAUGGUUGCUCUCAACGGGCGCUUCCCCUGCGGAAUGCCUUAACCCCCGCAUCACCGAAUGGGAUGGAUCACUUCUCAUGAUUGUUAAUUGCAAGUAUGGCCAGAGGGUGUACGAGUCGCGUGACUUGGGGGCAACGUGGACGGAGGCCAUUGGGACACUCCCAGGCAUGUGGAUUAAGUCAAAAUUGAACGCCAUUUUGGAUCGGAGCUUUUAUGUGGAAGCCCUCAUCACCGCGACCAUUCACGGCAGGAAGGUCAUGCUGUACACACAGAGAGGAGACUUCUCGGGGGAGAAAAGGGAAAGAGCGCUCUACCUUUGGGUCACGGACAACAACCGUUCGUUUUAUUUUGGACCGCUUGGCAUGAGCAGUGCUGUGGAGCGGGAGUUCGCCGGCAGCCUGAUGUACUCGGAUGGCAAGUUGCAUCUGUUACAACGGAGGGGCAGUAGUGAAGACAGUGCCUUGUCGCUUUUUCGCCUAAAGGACGAAGUAAGUACGAUCAAUUCUGUCCUGAAGACCUGGGCGCAAAAGGACGCCUUCUUCUCCAGCUUGUCUAUACCCACGGCGGGUCUGGUGGCAGCUUUGUCCGAUGCGGCCAGCAAUGACACGUGGAUCGACGAGUAUCUUUGCCUGAAUGCAACGGUGACGCCUAAUGCAAAGAAGGUCAAGGAUGGAUUUCAGUUGACGGGACAUAGCUCCGGGGUAUCAUGGUCCGUGAACAUUCCGGAUGAUAAUGUGCGUCAUGUAUCCUUGAGCCACAACUUCACACUUGUAGCGUCGGUGAUCAUCGAAGUGACUCCGAGUGGGAACACACCUCUACUGACUGCGACAAUGGCGGACAAUAAUUCCACUCAUAUCAUGGGACUGUCGUAUACAGCGAAUAACAAGUGGGAGACGAUGUUCAACAACAACACAAAAACACGAAGCAGCACUUGGGAGCCAAAGGAAGAACACCAAGUGGCACUCAUGCUGCAAGGCCGAAAGGUCUUUGUGUACAUUGAUGGUCAGUCGCUGGGGGAAGAAGAAGUGCCGUUAAAAAGUGAGACACCACUUGAGCUUGUACGCUUUUGCUUUGGCGUGUGCGGCGAGGAUGCCGGCCACAAAACUGAUGUGACGGUGAAGAACGUCUUUUUGUACAACCGCCCACUGAAUUCCACUGAGAUGACUGCAAUCAAGGACAGGAUCCCCGUUCCGACGAGAGGUCCGGAAACCCAAGUGGAGGAUGGAACGGAAAGGAGGCAUAUCCCUCGGAUUGAGGGUGUGCGAGCCAAUGCGCCUGCUGGGAGCGGACUGCUGCCGCUGCUUCUUCUGCUGGGAAUGUGGGGCUUUGCGGCUGCGUAA